AUGGAGUCCUGGGCUGAUUCCGCGCAGGAGCUGCUGUCUCCGCUGCAGCUUGGCCGCCAUGGAGGACUAGCUAGGCAGUGGGGAUUGUCUGCAGGAGGCGUAUUCCUUGCGACAAUCCCCGUGUACUUUGUCGUUAUUAUCCUGCACCGAUUGUAUCUCUCACCCCUUGGCAGAGCAGGGAUCCCAGGCCCUAAGUUAGCUGCGAUAACCUUUUGGUAUGAGGGCUACUAUGGAGGGAAAAUGUUCCUCCAUGUUAGAGAGCUGCACAAGAAAUACGGCCCUGUCGUGCGAAUCACUCCCGACGAAGUACACUUCGAUGACCCGGAAAUUAUCGAUUACAUCUAUCCACAAGGUGGCAGAAAAACAGACAAACCUGAGUGGCUUCAUACCAGGACUGGCACACCCGAGUCCAUCUUUUCCACUGUACACCACGAUCUGCACCGACAGCGCCGCAACACAGUCAGCUCUUUUUUCUCUCCAGCAAGCGUUCAUAGACUGCAGCAUGUGCUAAAAGAAAACCUGCUUAAACUACUCAAUCGUUUUGAUGAGCAAGCAAGAUCCGGAAACAUCGUGCAAGUUCACUACGCAUUCAAAGCACUUGCAAGCGACCUUAUCACAUUCUACUCUUUCGACCAGUGCAUGAAUAUUCUAGAUGAGCCUGAUUUCGGAAAGACAAAUUUCGAUGCGACGGAUGAAUUUUUCUUCCUCACCCAUCUUGGGAAAGUUUUCCCAUGGCUUAUGGGGCUAUUCACUACCGCCCCCAACUGGAUAAUCCGCGUCUUGUUUCCCAACAUGUAUUCCAUGAGGGCAAGACGAAACUGGUGGAGUGAUGCGGUACAGGAUCUUAAAACCUCGCCAGACCCUCAGCGAAUCAAAAGAACAAUAUUCGAGGGAAUUCUGAACAGCAAACUGCCAGACUCUGACAAAACCGACGCCAGAAUGGCUGGCGAAGCACAGCUUGUCGUCUUUGCUGGCGAAGGCACAACAGCAUGGACAAUGCAUGCAGCGCUAUAUCAGAUUCUUGCGGAUCCUAUUGUGUGCAAGAAACUCAGAGCCGAGCUGACCACUCUGAGUUCAACUGACGACGGCAUUCCAUUACUCACAGAAGCUGAGACAUUGCCUUAUCUCAGUGCAGUCAUUCAAGAAACCAUUCGAUGCCACCCGGGUGUUAUGAGCCGACAGAUCAGAGUUUCCCCAGAAGUGCCAAUUGUGUAUACAAAUAAGGCUACUGGUAAAGUGCUAUCGGUCCCGCCUGGCACGGUGUACAGCAUGUCGCCACUCGACAUUCACAUGAACCCUCAUUAUUUCGAAGAUCCCUAUGAAUUCCGACCCGAACGAUGGAUCGAGAACCCGAGUUUAUCCAAAUACUUUAUUGGAUUUGGUCGCGGCUCUCGCAAUUGCCUUGGCAUGGCUCUUGCCAGACGCGAACUGGCCAUCACAUUGGCGGCGAUUUUUCUGAAAUACGAUCUAUAUCAUGGCCAAGACGGUCCAACUAUGGAAUUAUAUGACACUCUUCGAGAAAGGGAUAUUGACGCUGAUACUGAAUUUAUUGCCCCGUUUCCGACACCGGGAAGUAAGGGGCUUCAAGUCAAAUUCAGGUAUUAG